UGUAAGUAACCUACAGAGGCAAGGAAGCGGUCAUGUGUGUUGUUCAGGAAUUAAAUUUUGGAGACAGAAAGGGAGAGAGAAUGAUCAGAUAAGAUCAAAGGACCAGAUUUUAAGUGAUGAUUCAUCCCUUUCUUCCUUGGGCUUGGAUGAACUAACCACCAUGUCUUUCACGUGGACCUCUGCUCUCAACAUCACUCUUCUGAUACUCCUCGUUGCUGCCAUUGUUGUUGCUUGUUUAACCCUCCCAGUUGACAAGAUUCUGAAGGACUUAUUGGUAUGGAUUGAUAGUAAUCUUGGGCCAUGGGGUCCACUUGCUCUGAUAGCUGUUUACAUACCAUUGACUAUCUUGGCAGUUCCAGCCUCUGUACUUACUCUUGGGGGUGGUUAUCUAUUUGGCCUUCCAAUUGGCUUCAUUGCUGACUCUAUUGGUUCAACUGUUGGCUCUGUAGCUGCAUUCCUUGUUGGUAGAACAAUUGGGAAAUCACUUGUUGUUUCAAGGUUGAAGGAUUACCCUCAGUUUAAAUUAGUAACAAUUGCAAUUCAGAAAUCAGGCUUUAAGAUUUCGAUACUCCUUCGGCUUGCUCCUUUUGUACCAUUUAGCUUAUUAAAUUACUUCCUGUCUGUGACGCCUGUUCCAUUGGGGGAAUACACACUGACUUCCUGGUUAGGAAUGAUGCCAUUAACACUGGCUCUAGUAUAUGUUGGAACCACGCUCAAGGAUCUAUCAGACGUGACACGUGGUUGGGGCGAAUUCUCAAAGACUCAUUUGCCUUGGAUCAUUUCUGGCUUGGUGAUAUCUGUGGUUCUCAUGAUAUGGGUUACAAAAGUUGCCAAGUCUGCUUUAGAUAAAGCCUUGGCUGAGUGUGCAGAUACGGAUGACAAUGCAUCUUCACCGGAGCUACCAAUUGCCACUGAACCUUCAGUAGAUCUCAAUCAGCCUCUCAUAAAUAAGACAGACCAGAAUGAAGAGAAUCAUGAAAUUAAAUUCCAUUGUGUAAAUUCUUUCCCCACCCCUCCUUUUAAAGAACAUUCUUUUAUUUUAAAUUAAACAGUAGUUGCUUCUUAUUUUGUGAUUUGUACAGUUUUGGAAUUAGAGAUGUAGUUGGUGACAUACAUGGUUAGUCAUACAACGAAAAUGAGGUUAUUGAAUUUGUCUAACGGCAGAAAAGUUCAUCUUAUUCUAUGGUUUUCAGUUUUGUAA